UUGAUCUUAGUAUAGUUUAUGAUUGUUUCUCUACUAUUCUAUGUAGGAAUUGCUAGUGCGUAAUAACUUAGAUGUCAUGCAUAUCAUUAAAAAUAUUAUUGAGAGCCUUAUUGGCACGCUGUUGGAUAUUAACGGAAAAUCCAAAGAUGGUUUAAAUGCUCGCAAGGAUAUGCAAGAUUUGGAAAUAAAGCAUGACUUGCAUCCAAAAGAUCGAGGGUCUAGGACAUAUCUUCCUCCAGCUUCCUAUACACUUUCCAAGGAUAAAAAGCGAAUAUUUUGCAAGAGGUUGUUUGACUUAAAAGUACCUGAUGGGUAUAGUUCAAAUAUUGGGAAUUGUGUAUCAAUGGAUGAAUUGAAGGUCACAGGUCUCAAAUCUCAUGAUUGCCAUGUGCUAAUGCUUCAGUUGUUGCCUGUAGCCUUAAAGGGGUUACUACCAUCUGGACCCAGAAAUGCGAUACUUCGCCUUUGUGCAUUCUUCAAUAAAUUGUGUCAAAGAGUUAUUGAUCAAGAAGAAAUGGCAUCCCUUGAGGAUGAGGUGGUUGAAACGUUAUGCAUGUUUGAGAGGUUCUUUCCACCUUCAUUCUUUGAUAUCAUGGUGCACUUAACAAUUCACUUAGGACGAGAAGCACGACUUUGUGGGCCAGUCCAAUAUCGUUGGAUGUACCUUUUUGAGAGACAUAUGAAGAUAUACAAACGAAGUGUUGGGAAUCAUGCACGACCUGAAGGUUGUAUAGCAGAACGCUACCUUGUAGAAGAGUGUAUAACAUUUUGCAGCCGACACAUGAAAUCUGUGGAAACAACCAAUAGGGGACCUCGCAAUCAAGAUUUUGAGAACGAUGUUAUUCUCGAAGGUCGUCCAAUAUCGGCUGCCACAUCCAUCACAUUGACUGAUGAAGUUUUAGAAAGUGCACAUCGUUACGUUUUAUUCAAUACAGCCAUAGUGGAACCUUAUUUGGAGUAAGUUUGAUGAAAUUCUGCUUG